AUGGAUUCACUUUCAAAGACACUCAACAACCUCUCGCUUUACGAUGUGAAGCACUAUGUCCGGAAGGCACAGAAUGCAGUGCUUAAUCUGAGUGAUAUGGAGGCCAAGGUGCGUGAGGCAACCAAUAAUGAGCCUUGGGGAGCCUCAUCUUCACGCAUGGCAGAAAUUGCCAGAGGUACGUUUAAUUAUAAGGACAGAGAGGAAAUAUGCAACAUGAUCUUUCGGAGAUUUACGGAGAAGUCUGCACACGAGUGGCGGCAGAUAUACAAGGCUUUACAAUUGAUGGAAUACUUGGUUAAGCAUGGAUCCGAGAGGUUUGUGGAUGACGCCAGGGCAAAUGUGAAUUUAGUGUCAAUGCUAAAGUCGUUCCACUACAUCGACUCCAAGGGUGUCGACCAGGGAAUAAAUGUGAGAAACAGAGCCAGAGAAUUGUCAUCUUUGCUUGGUGAUGAGGGUCGGAUUAGGCAGGAACGUAGAAAAGCAAAGACUAACGCCAAGAAAUUCGGCGGUGUGUCUUCAAACACAUAUUCAUCGAGUUCUGCAACCGGCCGCCCGGGCCACAGGUCUUCUUUUGGCGAUGGCGAUGCAUACGAGACGAGAAUAUUCGGUGAUGGAGGUGUUUAUGGUCGUAGACUUGGUGAUACGGCUGCAGAAGAGCAUUAUACCUCAUAUGAGGCGGCAAGAAAUCAUACCAGGCAUUCCUCCAGUGCCAAGGCUGGUCGUCCGACUGUGAAAACAACAAAAACAAACGCUUCGGCCACAUCUUCGGCUGCUCCAGCUUUGGAUUUGGUCAAUUUUGACGAGGAACAGACUGCAGAGUAUAAAGUUCCAGAAUCCGGCUUGAAGACACAGGCUGGCAGCAGCAGUAAAAAAGACGAUGACGACGACUUUGAUGAUGACUUUGACGACUUCCAGUCGGCGCCAACCAACACGGGAGGUGCUCCAGUAAAGAAAGAGCAGGGUCUUGCUGAUAUUUUGGCUUCUUCAUACAGCACCCCUGCAAAAAGUAACUCGGGAAGCGUUUCACAGCCAGCCCAGGGUUCUCUGCCACUAUUUUCUGAGUUUAACAGUGCGGCUCAGCCACAAAAGAGCUUGCCGAAGAAGCAGGAUGACAUCUUCGGGUCUCUUUUGGCCUCGGCAAAGACUACUGCUACUUCCGGAAGAAAUAGCACUGGAUUAAACUCAAGCUGGCAGCCUGCAAAGAACACCAAGCCAACUCAAGCUCAACCUGUGGCUCAGCAGACCCAGCAAUCAGCCAGUGGCCAAUCAAACGGCGAUUCGUUUGAUUUACUUGACUUGUAA